CCCUCCCCGCCGGCAGCGAUGCUCAGUCCCGGCUCAGCCUGGCAGCGGCGCGGGCAGGGAGGGCACACCAGCCGGCCGAGCGAGGCCAUGGACGGGAUGAACGGCACGGAGCCGUGGCAGCGCAGCCUGCAGGCGGUGCUGAGCGCCCUGAACCAGACCCUGCACGGGGCCAGGUCCUGCCCCGGGCAGCCCCCGGUGACAGGGGACACGCGUCGCAACGCCAACGCCUACAUGUACAUCCUGUUCGUCAUGACGCUCUUCGCCGCCACCGUGGGCAGCCUCAUCCUGGGCUACACCCGCUCCCGCAGGGUGGACAAGCGCAGCGACCCCUACCACGUCUACAUCAAGAACAGGGUCUCCAUGAUCUGAGCCUGGCCCGCGCCCCGUCCCCCGGAGCCGCGGGGCUCGGGCUCACCGGGCUGGGCACGCCCUGCUCGCCGGGGCAUGCGGCAGGGCUGCUGGCCCCGGAGCUGCUGGGAACCCCCCAAACUGCUGGGAUCCUCCCAGAUCUGCUUGGAACCCCAUAGAACUGCUGGGAACCCCAUAGAGUUGCUGGGAACCCCCCAAAGCUGCUGGGAACCCCCCAAAACUGAUGGGAACCCCCCAAAACUGCUGGGAUCCUCCCAGAGCUGCUUGGAACCCCAUAGAACUGCUGGGAACACCAUAGAACUGCUGAGAACCCCCCAAAACUGCUGGGAACCCCAUAGAGUUGCUGGGACCCCCAUAGAACUUCUGGGAACACCCCAAAGCUGCUGAGAACCCCCCCCAGAGCUGCUGGGAACACCCCAAAGCUGCUGGGAUCCCCAUGGAGCUGCUGGGAACCCCAUGGACCUGUUGAGAACCCCCAAAGCUGCUGGGAACCCCCCAGAGCUGCUGGGAGCCCCAUACAGCUGCUGAGAACCCACCCCGAGCUCCUUGGAACCCCCAAAAGCUGCUGGGAGCCCCCCAGAGCUGGAAGAAGGUGACCUGCAAGCAGGCGCUGGUCCUGCAGCCCCACCGGGACUCCAGCGUGUCCAUGGGGCUGGCAGGGCAGCUCCUUUCGCACCGCGGGCUGGCAGAAGCCUUCGAGGAGAAGGUUUCCCCGUUUCCCAGCUCGGAUCAGCCCUCGCUGGGCUCCCAGCAGCCGCGGCUGUGGCCAGCGGGGGGUUCUGGGGCUGAAAGGCGGCGGUGCUGGAGCUGGAUGGGCCCUGCUGCUCUGGCAGGGAAUUAAAGGAUCUGCUGGGCUCGGG